GAAGAAAAUAACAGAACGAAGGGAACUUACGGAAGAGUAGAAGACUGAAGACGGGAAGAGAAAGCUCAAAACCGAAACUGCUAAAGCGACCAAGCCGACCACCGCCGCCAGCCACACUUCACCUCCCGCCUCCAAGACCACGACCGCGCCGACGCCCCACCAGUCCACUGUCCAGGCUGCUACCACAGUAACCGAUAAAGUUACAAAGAUGGAAGAAGUCAGUAAUAUGCGAACUUGUCAACUGCGUGAAUGGAGCUAUUGAAUUAGAUGCCCCAUUAGUGUGUAGUAAUCCACACGAAAAUUUUACUGUUGCGGACCGACAUCCGGCCAUUUGGGCUCUAUAUAUAGUAGGAUCGACCUCAGAUCAGAAGAAUAACAUGAAUUGAAAGCAGAAAAAGGUGCUAAGAUUUCAGUCAUCAUGGUAGCCAAAAAAACAAUCUUCUUUCUAUUAUUUCUCUUCGCCGGACAUUAUUCUGGCUCUUGUGUUCUUCCAAACAACAACUCUUCAACUUCGGAUCUACUUUGGAAGGGUGGAGCCAUAAAUGAGAAAAGCAAGCUAUCGAGUGGGGGCUUUAGAGGAAUUGGAUCCCGAGGCCGCGGGAGAUCAUCUUUCCCUCGUGCGUCGCCGGCCUUAGGUGCCGGAAGUUCCAGCCGCAACUCUCAUCGCAAUGCCGCCGCUGGCAAGAAUCACACGCCAUUAUAUACGACAGCCCUCUUGUAUGGAGCUACUCUUUUUGUAUUUCUGGCUUGAAUCGAACCAGUUUAAUUUGCUAAACCCUUUUUGUUUUAUUUUCUUGUUGUUAUUGUACAUUUCAUUACAAACAAAAUAUCCCACGAUAUUUUGAGAGUAAUAACGGUAACAGAUACUAGUAUGAAUUUUUUUUUCCGAAGAGUAAUUACUCAUGUCUAAAAAAUAUACUACUGUAUGAAUUUUUCUAGUGGACUAUUGUGACAUUGAUAAAAUGCAAAUCAACUCGAG